AUGUUAGUCUAAAAAGUCUUGAUGUUCAGCUUGGAAAUUAAAUUAAAAUUUAUUUAAGGUAGAUAUGAAUUAGAAAUCUUCCCAUUCUUUAAGAAGAUUUAUGAAAGUUCAAUUGAAUUAGUCUUAUUUAUUCAAGUCAAUAAUACAAAGAAACUUUCUAAAGAUUUUGGAAAAACCUUGAUUUAACCUCUUGAUUCAAAUGAAUUUAUAGUAUUAUCUAACGUUAGAAUAUAUUAUUACAAAGGUAGAAGCAAUUAAUUUUAAAUUAGAUUCCAAAAGAAUAGAUAGAUUUAAGAGUGAUUUUAAUGAAUUUGAGGGGAAGUAAAUGGCACUAAGGAAACCCUAUUAAGAAAUUCAAUUUAAGUUUCUGUUUUUCAAAAAUAUUGGGUUAGAAAUGUGA